GCUUUCGGCUUCCUGCUGCCGCUCGGUGUCCGCUCGCGGUCCGUCUAGUCAGUSUUGAUCGGCUCGCCAUGGCGGAAGGACGCAGAGAACUGCCUCAUCCUCUCCUCUCCUUACCACCCGCCAGCAAAAGACCCUGCCUUCGACCCGCACCCCGAGGUCCCGGUCCGGGGCCCGGCCAUGGCAGCGGGCUGCCCGGCUCCCGGUACCGUUCCCCGGAGUCUCUUUUGGACUGCGCCGCCAAGGCAGUAGCGGAAAAGUGGGCCUUUGAGAGAGUCGAAGAGCGCUUCGAGCGGAUCCCAGAGCCCGUCCAGCGCCGUAUCGUGUACUGGUCUUUCCCCCGCAACGAAAAGGAGAUAUGCAUGUACUCUUCGUUCCAGUGCCGAGUCAGCGGCGAGGAGGGUCCGUCCGCGGCUGCCGGUGGGGCUGGGGGCACAGGGACCGGAUCUACCACCGCCGGUGGCGGCGGAGGAUCUACUUCUGGCACCUCGGCGAACGUGGGGCCACCCGGAGCCGUGGRAACGGGAGACGGACUGCCUUUCCGCCGGGGUAUCAGACUACUAGAAACCGGCUGUGUGGAAAACGUUUUACAAGUCGGAUUUCACCUGAGCGGCACAGUAACGGAACCAGCCACGCCCGCCGAACCUGAGGUGACCCACAAGGUGGCCAUCAGCUUUGACCGCUGCAAGAUCACUUCCGUCACAUGUGGCUGCGGGAACCGGGACAUUUUCUACUGUGCGCAUGUGGUGGCUCUUUCCCUUUAUAGAAUUCGCAAACCUGAACAGGUGAAGCUACGGCUGCCCAUAUCAGAAACAUUGUUCCAGAUGAACAGAGAUCAGCUGCAGAAGCUGGUCCAGUAUCUGAUCACGGCCCACCACACCGAGGUGCUGCCCACGGCUCAGAAACUGGCUGACGAGAUCCUCUCCUCCAACUCUGAGAUCAACCAGGUUCACGGCGCUCCAGACCCAACUGCAGGAGCCAGCAUCGAUGAUGACAACUGUUGGCAUCUGGACGAGGAUCAAGUCAGGGAGCAGGUCAAACAGUUUCUGUCCCAGGGAGGAUACUAUGGCUCCGGGAAGCAGCUCAACUCCAUGUUUGCUAAGGUGCGGGAAAUGCUUCGAAUGCGGGAUUCUAAUGGCGCCCGAAUGCUAACGCUAAUAACGGAACAAUUCAUGGCGGACCCUCGACUGUCACUGUGGAGACAACAAGGCACUGGGAUGACAGACAAGUGCCGGCAGCUCUGGGAUGAGCUAGGUGCACUGUGGGUGUGCGUUGUGCUUAAUCCCCACUGCAAGAGCGAGGAGAAGAGCAGCUGGCUGAGGCAGCUGAAGAAGUGGGGCGACAUGGACGUGUGCCCACUGGAAGAUGGCAACUACGGCAGCGAGCUUCCGAACAUCACCAACGCCCUGCCGCAGAGCAACCUCGCACAAGACUCUCUGUCCAGGCCGAGGCGGACGGUGUUCAGUCGAGCCGUGGAGGCCUGCGACCUCCACUGGCAGGACAGCCACCUGCAGAGGAUCAUCAGCAGCGACUUCUACAUGUCUCCGUCCUAUCAGAGAGAGGGGGAGAGCCUGCUGUUCAACCCACAGGGGCUGCCGCUGUGGCUCGACCACGUCCCAACAGCGUGUGCCCGCGUCGACGCCCUGCGCUCCCACGGUUACACCAGGGAAGCCCUGCGAUUGGCUGUGGCCAUCAUCAACACGCUCCGCCUCCAGCAGCAGAGACAGAUGGACAUCUACAAGCACCAAAAGAAGGAGCUGCUGCAGAGAGGGGUUACCUCCACCACCAACCUGGAGGGUUGGGUGGGUCAUCCCUUAGACCCCAUUGGUUGUUUGUUCCUCACCCUCACCGAAACGUGCAGAGUGGAUGAUGACAGCACCAUGGACACCGGAGACGGUGACCCCAGACCUCCAGUCUACCACCAUGUGCCAGUGUGGGGGAGUCCAGAUGGGGGCGAGUCCUACCUGACUCUGGCCCUAGAGGUGGCUCUGAUGGGUAUGGGCCAGCAGAGAAUAAUGCCAGAGGGACUAUACGCCCAGGAUAAGGUGUGUCGCAACGAAGAACAGAUCGUUUCAAAGCUGCAAGAACUGGAGUUGGAUGACCUCCUGGUUCAGACGCUUCGGAAGCAGGCCAUCCAGUUACUGGAGGCUGGUCCGUUCGGUGGGCUCGGGGAAGUCAUUCACAGAGAAAGUGUCCCCAUGCACACGUUUGCCAAAUAUCUUUUCUCUGCUCUGCUGCCACAUGACGCGGACCUGGCUUAUAAAGUGGCUUUGCGUGCAAUGAGGCUGCCGGUGCUGGAGUCGUCAGCAGGUUCUGGGGACGUCGGGCACCCGCAUCACGGCAUCUCUAUCGUUCCGAGCAGAUACCCCCGCUGGUUCACCCUGGGCCACCUGGAGUCCCAGCAGUGUGAGCUCGCCUCGACCAUGCUCACCGCUGCUAAAGGAGACAUGUUGAGACUGCGGACGGUGCUGGAGGCCAUCCAGAAAAACAUCCACUCCUCUUCCCUAAUCUUCAAACUGGCCCAGGACGCCUUUAAGAUCGCCACGCCCGCAGACAGCCCUCCAGAUAUAACCCUGCUCAACGUGGCGCUGGAGCUGGGACUGCAGGUGAUGAGGAUGACUCUGUCCACUCUGAACUGGAGGAGGAGAGAGAUGGUCCGCUGGCUGGUAACCUGCGCCACCGAAGUUG